AAUCAAAAAGGUAAAGUUAGUUGAGCAACGUUAUAAGAUAUACUUUCAAGCUACACGUUAAUGGUGUAAGUUGUAAACUCAACCAAAGUUCAAAAACAAACUCUCUCUAACUUGUUUCUUCAAAAGAAAAACCUAUAUCUACCACUUUUCAAGAUCUUAUUCAUUUAUUCAUCCUCUCCAACUUUUGAUAGAUCUAGAGAUUUAACUAGAGACUUUAGGUUUAUAUUAGCAUGAUGUCAACCACAAAUAUUGUUAACCACCACAGCUUGUUUGAUGAAGAACAACAAGAUCAUGAGAUCCCUAUGCAGAUGGGGUUCAAUAUUCCUUUCCCUCCAAACAUGACUUUACCUCCUUUAGGUAAUUGCCAUGAUCAAUCUUUGAAAGGUGUAAGUGCGAUAAUAACUCCUGAAGCUGCAACAUUCGCUGAAGCUUUACUAGCAACAGCUGUUCAAAAACCACGAGAAUUCCAAGAUCUUGCUUCUGGUUUUGGUUGUGGAGGAGGCCAAAACCUUGACUUAAACAGAUCCAGAAUGAAUUCAUGGGCAUGGGGAGAAGUAAGUGAUUGCUGGAUAGGUAAAAGAAGUAAUGGAGGAGAUGAUCAUAAUCAUAUAGGGGUUUCAGCAGCCAUAAAGAUGAAGAAAAUGAAAGGAAGAAGGAAGGUGAGGGAACCUAGGUUUUGCUUCAAAACAAUGAGUGAUAUAGAUGUGUUGGAUGAUGGUUACAAAUGGAGGAAGUACGGACAGAAAGUGGUCAAGAACACUCAGCAUCCCAGAAGCUACUACCGUUGCACGCAAGACAGUUGUCGAGUAAAGAAACGUGUAGAGCGAUUGGCUGAGGAUCCAAGAAUGGUGAUAACCACAUAUGAAGGAAGACAUGCUCACUCUCCAUCAAACGAGCUCGAAGAAUCACAAACUCAUUCUGAACUUGCAAAUUUCUUCUGGUAGCUAUCUAGCUCAACUAAACAUCAACAUAAUGUGUUUUAAAGUUUUAGAACAUAAGUGUCUUGGACUCUUGACUUUUUAUGGUGUUGAUUUGUAAAUUUUCACUCCCUGAGCUGAGCAGUAUCAAUAUUUGAAUCGAUAAUGACAACUUAUGUUUAUCACAAGGGAGCUAUAAAACAUAGACACUUCUCCA